AUGCAAACAUUAGAAAAGUCAAGCAACCAGUCCAUAAAUAACAGUUUUAAAGAGCUACUUUCACAGUAUGCACAGGUUUUUCGGGAUGGCAUUGGCACAUUAAAACAUUUGAAAGCCCAGAUUGUAUUAGAAGAUAAUGCAGUGUCAAGGUUUCACAAGGCAAGGCCAGUGCCAUAUGCCCUACGCCCCAAAGUAGAAGCAGAAUUACAAAGACUAGAAAGGGAAGGCAUACUGACAAAAGUGGAAUGGUAUGAAUGGGCGACACCAAUUGUGCCAGUUGUUAAGGGUGAUGGCACUGUGCGCAUAUGUGGUGACUUUAAGGUGACAGUGAACCCGGUGUUAAAAACUGAACAAUAUCCCUUACCCCGUAUAGAUAAAAUCUUUGCAUCUCUGGGCAGAGGAGAAAAGUUUUCAAAAAUUGACCUUGCACAAGCAUACUUACAGAUGGAAGUAGAGGACUCAUCCAAAAAGUAUUUGACUAUUAACACUACUAAAGGCCUGUACCAGUAUAACCGUUUGGUUUUUGGAGUUGCUUCAGCACCAGCCAUAUGGCAGAAGGCCAUAGAACAAGUCUUACAGGGCAUUCCUGGCACUCAGUGCUACCUUGAUGACAUUCUUGUUACAGGGGCUGAUGACAAGGAGCAUCUAGAGAAUCUAGGAAAAGUCCUGAGCAGAUUAGCAGACUUUGGCUUGAGAGUCAACAAAAAUAAGUGUGAGUUUUUCAAAAAUUCUAUUGAGUAUUGUGGACACCAAAUAGAUAAAGAAGGCUUACAUAAAUGUAAAAACAAAAUUGAAGCCGUUCUGAAAGCACCAAAACCCCAAAAUGUAUCUCAAUUGUGGUCAUUUUUGGGACUAGUUAAUUAUUAUCACAAGUUCCUUCCAAAUCUUUCAACUGCUUUGCAUCCUUUAAACAGUUUGCUGCGCAGUGAAACAGCAUGGAGCUGGACUAAAGACUGUGAGCGUGCCUUCAAAGAAGCAAAAUCUCUUGUAACAUCUGACAAUGUGCUAACUCAUUAUGACCCCAACUUGCCACUCCAGCUUGCAUGUGAUGCCUCUCCUUAUGGUAUUGGUGCUGUAUUGUCACAUAAGUUUACUGAUGGGACAGAACGGCCAAUUGCCUUUGCCUCAAGAUCCUUAACUCCAGCAGAGCGUAAUUAUGCCCAAAUUGAUAGAGAAGCCCUUAGUUUGGUUUGGGGAGUUAAGAAGUUUAACCAGUAUUUAUAUGGGAGACAUUUUACCUUGCUGACUGAUCAUCAGCCAUUGCUGUCCAUCUUUAAUCCAUGUAAGGGUGUCCCAGGUAUGGCUGCUGCACGACUUCAAAGAUGGGCAUUAUUUCUUGGGGCCCACACUUACACUAUUGCAUUCAAGGGUACAGAGCAUCAUGGUAAUGCUGAUGGACUGUCGCGGCUUCCAUUGGAGUUAUCACAACCCAGGAAUUUAGUGGAACCAGUAGACAUGUUCCAAAUGGCUCAGGUAGACUCAUUGCCAGUCACGUGUUCUGACAUCCAGCGAGAGACGCGCUGCGACCCAACACUUUCUAAAGUUUAUGAACUGACAGUUAAAGGUUGGCCAUCCACGGGCAAUGCAACUUUAUCAGCCUACUCAUCACGACGUGACCAACUGUCUGUAAGUCAAGGUUGCAUUUUGUGGGGCACACGUGUUAUAAUUCCACCAAAACUUCGUACCAAGGUCCUUGAGGUACUACAUGAAGGGCACUUAGGAGUGGUAAAGAUGAAGAACUUGGCUCGCAGCUAUGUCUGGUGGCCUGGCAUUGAUCACCAGCUGGAUGACCUCACAAAGACAUGUAAUGGGUGCCAGCAGACUCAAAGGUCACCAGCGUCUGCACCACUUCACCCCUAG